AUGGCAGUGGACGAUGACAGCCAUAGCAAGGCUAUCGUGAUUGUCACUGCGAUCUUUCUCGCCAUUUCACUCCUUUCCGUUGGUCUGCGCAUUUUCGUUCGAACUCGAGUUGUUAAAGCAUUCGGCAACGAUGACAUCGUUAUGACUAUAGCCAUGGUUCUGAACCUGGCCUUUGCGAUUUGUGGAUUCCUGGGAGUGAAGUAUGGAAUGGGCAGGAAAAUGAUACAUUUCGUGGGGCGGGAUGAUGAUCUCCAUAAGGCUUUACUGUGCUGGUGGCUGGGCCAAAUAUUCUAUGUCAUUACUUGUGUCGUCGCCAAAGUUUCUAUCAUUAUCAGUCUUCUGCGCAUUACCGUUGAUCGCAUUCACGCCUACAUUCUCUACGCUGCCAUCUCCCUCGCCACGGCCGUUGGCGUUAUUUUCCUUUUCUUCACUAUUUUCCAAUGCAAUCCCGUCCCCUAUUUCUGGAACCGCAAUUCGGGUACCCGUAUCAGCACAGAUCUCCUUAUCGACAUCGCAUACCUAUACAGUGCUGGCGCAGCAGUUACUGAUCUAACAAUCGGUCUUCUCCCUGUCGCAUUAAUCUGGAACCUACGAAUGAACCGUCGUACGAAGAUCGCCAUCGCCGGAAUUUUAAGUGUUGGCUGCAUUGCGAGCGCUGCCGUGAUUAUCCGCAUCCCAUUCGUCAAGUACUAUAAGAGCGAAGAAUUCCUUUACCAGACUUACCAGAUCUCAAUCUGGUCCAACGUCGAAGCAGGCCUUGGCAUCACAGCAGGAUGUCUCAGCACUCUUCGCCCCCUCAUCCGAUUUCUACGGGAUGGCUCCUCCGCUGCACCAAGCCACAAUAUCCGCAGUCCCGGCUCUUUCCCCUUAUCCAGCAAUGUGGCGCAAUUCAACCGCAAUUCACGCUCUAAGCAUGAUAAUAAUCGCUCAGAUAUUGAUCAGCUUUGGACUGGAAAUGAUCCAGAGGAAUAUCAUGGAAUUACGACGACGAUCAUGGGUAGUAAACACCCUAAUCCUCGGAGUAGCAGUGAAGAGGAUCUGAAUCCAAAUACAGCGUGGAAAGUCGAGCGGUCCAUUCGGGUGUCUGUGCGCGAUGAUUGA